GGGGUAGAUAACGAGUGCUCAGCCGCGCACCUUCCUGGAGCCAUGCCGAUGCCAUCAGGCCGCGAGCUGCUGGAGAAGCUGACGCACCGCCUGCCGCGCGGCUCGGCGCAGGCGGAUCUGGACAAAGCAGAAGAGGACGUCAAAGAUGUCUACAAGUUCUUGACGGCGAACGAGACAUGCAGCCACACCGAGAUGACACACCAGGUCUUAGAGUUCUACAAGGACUGGUGGGUCAGCCAGAGCGGCAUGCUGGCGAUCGCAGAGGACUCCCGAGUGGAGGAGCUGAACAGGUGCAUUAGCAGAAUGUUCGAGCUGGGCGUUCCCCUGGCACUAGGUGAGAAGCGGACGCCCCAGUUCACGCUGUUUCAGGAGAUUGAGAUCCGGGGCAACAAGACCGAGUGCAUCACUGCAGAGGAGACUCGUUGGGGAGGGAAGCCCCUUCCUGGCAGUUCUAGCAAAGAGCCUGGCGGAGCUGUACCCUCAGCUGACCCUGGACCUCUUCGUGCUGGACGGCUCAGGCGCUAGUGUCCAGCUGGGUGUCCAGCAGACCUACCUCCGGCUGGUGUGGCAGAACGUCAUCGUGGACCUGGCAAGGGCUCAGUUCAUCCUCGACCUCCUGGUGGCUCGGCUCAAGGCCAGCGAGAAGUCCUUGCACGACCUGCUCCAAAAGGCUGACGGGUACCACAAGGGUACUGCCUGGAAGUACUGCAUGCCAGACUACCAGCCGGUGGUGCGCAUGCCCUGCAACGACCGCGUCAGCGAAACGCCCCUCCUGAAGCUUGAGCAGCGGCCGCUGAGGCCUUGCAAGAUCUACCAGAUCCGGAAAGUUGAGGGCGCCUAUCCGGAC